AUGACAGCCAAAGACUACGCCCUCGACAAUUGCGGAGAUCAGGAGAAAACCAUCUGCCGUGUUCGAGAGAACAGCUGGCCGUUCCAGACUGGUCGACUCCCAAAAGAAGCGGUGCAUCUCGUUGAGGAAAGCUUGGAGCUCCCUGAAAAAGAAUUCCGAGAAGCGCGGGAAGUUCUUGAGUCUGCCUCAACAGCUCGACAGUGGCUUCGUAAUGAGUUGCGAAAAUCUCAGUGGGCAAUUGUGGUCGGUUUGAUGUUGUCACGGUUAGAGAACUCUAGCUUCGCAUCGGAUUAG